AUGGGGUCUAGAAGGGAUAAUGAUGGACGGUUGAAUAUGGAUGCAGUAAGAGACGAGAGAGAUGUUUCAACACAAUAUACUGCUGAAUGGCUCAGCAAUGUUCAAAUGCCCCCAAAGGCCCACUCUGUUGUUCAAGAUAUUGAUGAACCCCAUUCGCCUAGAGUUUCUAGGUCUGCCCCUGCAUUAAGUGUCAGGUCAAGGCAAAGUAAUGCAGGCAUCAGUAGAAGCAAGUUGCAGUUGCAGUUAAGGCAACUGAAAGAAAAACAACAAUUAGAUAGGGAAGCUCGGUAUUUAGAACUAGAAAUGCAAAGACAAGAAUUAGAACUAGAAAGGAAACGACGAUUCGCUGAGAUUGCAGAAAGGAAGGAAUUGCAAGAAAUGGAAGCUAAGUUAGCACAUGCUGAGCUCUUGGAACAAUUCGAAGUAGAUAGUGAUGAUCAGCUCUCCGAUGAUGGUAACAGAGAACUGAAUAUGACGAGUCAUGACCAUGAGGGAAAUGGACCUUAUGAUGAUGCGGAACGUCGAGAUGCGGAACGUCGAGAUGCGGAACAACGUGAAACGGAACGUCGAGAUACGGAGCGUCGAGAUGCGGAACGUCAAGAUGCGGAACAACAUGAAACGGAACGUCGAGAUUACCCUAGCUUUACAACAAAUUUCAAGACUAAUGUGGAAGACGUCGAAAGCGAUCCCAACGUUAGACGCACUUAUUUGAUCCAACUCUGUACGGGAAAAGCAAAGGAAGCCAUCAGUGGAUCUGUGAUGUUACCGCCGGAAGAGGGGUACAAAAAGGCAAAGUCUAUUUUGCAUGAAAUGUUUGGGCAGGCUCAUAUUGUGGCUGCUUCUCACAUUGAUCGA